AUGGCUCCCAUACCUAGCAAGGCUAGGGUAUAUGCGGAUGUCAACCCGUCGAAACCGCGUGAAUACUGGGACUACGAAUCACACGUCAUUGAAUGGGGAAAUAUCGAUGAUUAUCAGCUUGUUCGUAAACUUGGACGUGGAAAGUACUCAGAACUCUUUUCUCAGGUAUUCGAAGGUGUGAAGAUUACGACGGAUGAAAAAGUCGUUGUAAAAAUACUGAAACCUGUAAAAAAGAAAAAGAUCAAGCGUGAAAUCAAAAUCCUUGAAAAUCUUCGUGGUGGAACCAAUGUCAUCACUUUAUUGGAUGUGGUAAAAGAUCCUAUAUCGCGCACACCGGCAUUGAUCUUUGAAUAUGUAAACAAUUCGGACUUCAAACAAUUAUACGGCACUCUUAGUGAUCUGGAUAUUCGCUACUAUCUAUAUGAGCUGUUGAAGGCUUUGGAUUAUUGCCAUUCUCAAGGAAUUAUGCAUAGAGAUGUAAAACCACACAACGUAAUGAUCGACCAUGAAAAGAAACAGGUAAUAUCAUUUUAA